UUUCAGCUCACUGUGACCGUGCCCAGAAUAACAAAUUGAAAAUAGUUUGGUUCGUUGGUCUGUCAGGGUGCUGGAAGAAUGGAGUCAUCAAAAAUUAUCCUGAGGUGGAAAGAAACCCAGAAUGGUAUGGUUUACUACUAAAUACGUCCAAUGUUCGAGAAAUGCCCGAUAUGGUAACUGAGUGCGAUUGUUCCAAUCACUCGAUACCAUGUGAAUUGAAGCAAUACAUUCCUCCUCAAGCCCAAUCUCUGAACCACCCAAGGAUCUCCCGCAGAACGCGGAGUCGGUUGACAAAAUGCCUCAUGAGGAUGAUGAUGAUGAUAGUACUAGUCACACUGAAUUGAAACCUGUCAAACAACCCACCUACCUGACACCGACGGAUGGCUUCUAUAUGCUGUCUGUGCAAGUGGCAAAUGACAAUAGUUUCGAUGUCACGCUGUACAUUGAGAUGUUUGGUGAACAUGGCUAUUUGUCAGCCGGAGACUGGCCUCUGCUUCCCUUCUACGGCUGCAUGUGCCUGGUGUACGUGGCAUACGGCGUGGGCUGGCUGACGGUAUCAUUUCGCCAGUGGCGUGACCUUCUGCGUAUCCAGUUCUGGAUCGGCGGCGUGAUCCUACUCGGCAUGCUGGAGAAGGCCGUCUUCUACGCCGAGUACCAGAACGUCAACAGCACCGGGCGCCCCGUUCCGGCUGCCGUCCUAGUCGCCGAACUCGUCUCCUGCGCCAAGCGCACGCUGGCGCGCAUGCUCGUCAUCAUUGUCAGUCUGGGAUUCGGCAUUGUCAAGCCGCGACUGGGCGCCAUGCUGCACCGUGUGGUCGGCACCGGAGUGCUCUAUUUCGUGCUGGCUGCAUCGGAGGCCUACGUGCAGGUGAUGCGUGCCAAGAGUGAACCGGCCAAUCAGCUGUUGAUUGCCAAUGUGCCACUGGCCGUACUCGACUCGGCCAUCUGCUGGUGGAUAUUCACCAGCCUCGUGCAGACGACGCGCACUUUACGGCUCAGAAGGAAUUUAAUCAAGCUAACUCUAUACCAGCAUUUCACGGCUACGUUAACAGUGGCCGUAUUUUCAUCUAUAAUUUUCAUGCUCUACUCGAUAAGAACUCAUCACUUCACAGAAUGCUUUCAGGACUGGCAAGCACUGUGGGUGGACGAGGCCUUCUGGAGACUUCUGUUCUCCGUCAUUCUACUUGUGAUAAUGAUUCUCUGGCGACCAACAAAUAACAACCAAAGGUACGCGUUUACUCCUCUGCUGGAUGCGCCUGAGGAUGAUGACGAUGAUGAGGAAGAGCAGUUCAUCAACAAUUCUUAUGGUGUAAAAAUGAGAGCCCCAACUAGUGGAUCCAGCUCUCCAAAACAAAAAACUAGCACAAAUAGUUUGGAGGAAGAUCUCAAAUGGGUAGAAGACAAUAUUCCAACUUCUCUUGCUGAUAGUGCACUUCCUAUUCUGGACUCCGAUGAGGAAAUAAUGAAUACCAAGUUCGAAAUCUCAAAGAUGCAGUAAAGAUAAUAAUUAUUUCCUAACGAGGAAUUGAUCGACUUAAUUGUUCAUUAUUUGCACAUCGUGAGUGUAUUGUGGACUGUUUAUAAAUCCUGUAAAUAUUAUAUAGCUAUUUUAAAUAAUUUAUGUUGUAAUUAAGAUUGAAAGAUGCUUUUUAUAGAAUUUCGAGUGAAUUGUGUGGGUGAGUAAAGUUGACAGAGAGAAAUUCGAGAAAAUGAAAAAACUUCUUUUUUUGUUUUGGAAAGUUGGAAUGGAGGAGGAGUUUAUCCAAAACCGUACAUAUUAUGUUUUCAUCUCUUGUAUUGCUAUUUAGUUUCAAUGCUGGAUUUGUUGUACAAAAACAGAAGAAUACAUUGAAUGAGUGCUUCAUUUUUACUUGAAUAAGUUUCUUUCUUAAUAGAUUUGCUUUCUGUAAUUGUUUAUCAAAUGAGGCACUUUAUAUUCCAUGCUUUUUGGGUGCCCACCAACGGUAAUAGCCUACCUGUUGCCGGAUUUAGGUUAGUUUUUAAAAGGCAACUGGUUAUGAAGGUUUGAAGUCUAAAUUAAAUCUACUUUGUUAAAAUAAUUUAGGACUGAAAACUGGUUAUGAAGGUCUUAUGUCUAAAUUAAAUCUACUUUGUGAAAAUCAUUAAGGACUAAAAAUGUUGUGGAGUGAACAACUA